AUGGCCGAAUUGGAAUCAGCAUCUCCCGUCAUUAUUCCCAUUCUAGGCCAGCCCAGCAUUGUGGUCGACAAUGGCCUCUGGGCGGACUACAUCGUCCAAGACCUCUUGGACAAAGUCGCCUCGUCCACCUACGUCCUCAUCACCGACACGAACCUGCACAACACCUAUGUGCCAACAUUUCGAGCGAGCUUUGACACCGUAACGAAAGGCCAGGGUACCCGUCUUCUCACGUACACGAUCCCGCCAGGAGAAGCCUCUAAGAAUCGAGAAACAAAGGGCGAGGUCGAAGACUGGAUGCUCUCGCAGCAAUGCACGCGCGACACAGUCAUCAUUGCUCUCGGAGGUGGCGUCAUUGGCGACAUGAUCGGCUAUGUUGCUGCCACAUUCAUGCGCGGCAUUCGCUUCGUACAAGUUCCGACCACGCUGCUCGCCAUGGUCGAUUCGUCUAUCGGCGGCAAAACGGCCAUCGACACCCCUAUGGGAAAGAACUUGGUCGGGGCAUUUUGGCAACCGCGACGAAUCUACAUUGAUUUGCAGUUCUUAGAAACCUUGCCCGUCCGCGAGUUCAUCAACGGAAUGGCUGAGGUAGUCAAGACAGCCGCCAUCUGGAACGAAACCGAGUUCGACUUUCUGGAAGCAUCCGCCACCAAGAUCCUUGCCUGCGUUCGGUCACGGGCUGCAGACCGGCUGGUGCCACUUAAAGAAACAUUGAAGCGCAUUGUCGUAGGCUCUGCCCGCGUCAAAGCCGAAGUCGUCUCCAGCGAUGAGCGGGAGGGUGGCCUACGGAACCUCCUCAACUUUGGCCACUCCAUUGGCCACGGCAUCGAGGCCAUUCUUACGCCGCAGCUGCUUCAUGGCGAAGCUGUUGCCAUUGGUAUGGUCAAGGAGGCGGAACUGGCCCGUUACCUCGGUGUUCUGCGUCCCGAGGCCGUCGCCAGGUUGGUCAAGUGCAUCGCUGCCUACGGCCUGCCCGUCUCGUUGCAUGACAAACGCGUCCAGCGGUUGACCGCAAGCAGAGCUUGUCCUGUCGAUGUGGUCCUUCAGAAGAUGGCUGUCGACAAGAAGAACGAGGGUUUGAGAAAAAAGAUUGUACUGCUAUCCGCCAUUGGCAAGACGUACGAGCCAAAGGCGAGUGUUGUGGAUGAUGAAAGCAUCAGAACCAUUCUCUCACCGGCUGUCGUCGUCUCACCUACGAUACCUGACAAUCUCAGCGUCGCCGUGAGCCCACCCGGCUCCAAGAGUAUAUCCAAUAGAGCACUGAUUCUCGCCGCGCUCGGAGCUGGACCCUGCAAGAUCAAAAAUUUGCUGCAUUCGGACGACACCGCCUAUAUGCUUGCCGCCAUUGCCAAGCUCCGCGGCGCUUCGUACUCGUGGGAGGCUGGAGGUGAACUUCUCGUUGUCAACGGCAACGCCGGUAAGCUCAGCGCGAACAGUGAAGAGCUCUACAUCGGAAAUGCCGGAACUGCGUCGCGUUUCUUGACCACAGUUGCCGCUUUGUGCUCGCCUACCGAUGUCGCCAAGUCUGUCGUUCUUACUGGCAACUCCCAUAUGAAAGCGCGCCCCAUUGGUCCGCUCGUUGAUGCGCUGAGGCUAAACGGUGUAUCUAUCGAGUACUUGGAACAGGAAAAGAGCUUGCCUCUGAGGAUUAGCUCAUCUGGCGGGUUUGAGGGCGGUGUCAUCGAGCUCGCCGCCACCAUAUCGUCUCAAUACGUUUCGUCAAUUCUCAUGGCCGCCCCAUACGCAAAGAACCCUGUCACUUUGAAACUCGUCGGUGGCAAGCCCAUCUCGCAGCUAUAUAUCGAGCUGACGAUCGCGAUGAUGAAGUCAUUUGGCGUUACUGUGACAGCCUCUACCACGGAGCCACACACGUACCACAUCCCACAGGGUACUUACAAAAGCCCUGCGGAGUACGUAGUUGAAGGCGAUGCCAGCUCGGCGACGUAUCCUCUAGCAAUGGCGGCCAUUACGGGAACCACUUGCACGAUCCCUAACAUCGGCUCCGCUUCGCUCCAGGGGGACGCUCGCUUCGCCGUUGAUGUUCUUCGUCCCAUGGGCUGUACCGUUCAACAAACAGAGACGUCGACAACCGUUACAGGACCUAGGCUUGGAGCGCUCAGGCCUCUAGCGCACGUCGACAUGGAGCCUAUGACCGAUGCCUUCCUGACCGCCUCUGUUUUAGCCGCUAUCGCUGGCGGCAAAACACAAAUCACAGGUAUCGCAAAUCAGCGAGUCAAGGAGUGUAACCGCAUCGCCGCCAUGAGAAUCCAGCUUGCCAAAUUCGGUGUCCAGUGUUCGGAGCUCGAUGAUGGCAUCGAGAUCUUUGGCAUUGCGCCAACGCAUUUGCAAACACCAUCCAAGGGCCUCUUCUGUUAUGAUGACCACCGCGUUGCUAUGAGUCUGAGCGUCCUAUCUGUUGUGGCUCCUGCUGGUGCCGUCAUUACUCAAAAGGAAUGCGUUGGCAAGACCUGGCCUGGCUGGUGGGAUACUAUGGCCCAAUCGUUCAAGGUCCGCCUGGAUGGCACGGACAAGUGUCACGCAGAAGACGGCAAAAAACCAGCAGCCGCUGACAAGAAUGAACGAUCCAUAUUUCUCAUUGGAAUGCGCGGUGCUGGCAAAACUACUGCCGGUAACUGGAUUGCAAAAAGCUUAGGCUGGAAGUCAGUUGACCUUGACCAUGAGCUCGAGCGCCGCUCUGGUCAGCCAAUCCCGGAAAUCAUCGCCAAACACGGUUGGGAUGGAUUUCGUGAACAGGAACUUCAGCUGUUACGAGAUGUCGUGGAACGGCAGCCGCUUGGCUACGUAAUUUCCUGUGGCGGUGGCAUAGUCGAAACUGCAGAGGCGAGGGACCUUCUCAAGGCUUACGCUGGCAGCGGAGGCAAGGUGAUCUUGAUCCAGCGCAACAUUAAUCAAGUGAUGCAGUAUCUGGAGAGGGACAAGACACGGCCUGCAUACAGCUCAGAAAUGAGAGAUGUGUACAACCGCCGCAAGGACUGGUACAAGCAGUGCAGCAACUUCAGCUACUACAGCAUUCACACGCAUGAGCCUACCAGUAAGAGUAUCAUUCCGAAAGAUUUCUCGCGCUUUGUGUCGACCAUUUUUGGCAGAGACACACAGCUCACGCAGUUGUGCAAAAGAGACCAAAGUUUCUUCGUUUCUUUGACGCUCCCGGACUUGGUUGCCGCUACUGAUCUACUGCCCAAGGCAGUCGUUGGCUCGGAUGCUGUCGAGCUCCGCGUAGAUCUCCUGAGAAGCCAAGACCUGGAUUUCGUAACGGAGCAGGUGUCAAUCCUUAGACAGCACACUGGCUUGCCCAUCAUCUUCACCGUCCGCACCGCAUCGCAAGGUGGGUCGUUCCCUGACGAUGCCACGGAGGCUCUGUCAGCGCUGUACCAUCUUGGUUUGCGGCUUGGCACAGAAUAUCUUGAUGUGGAAAUAACAACACCGGAUCAUAUACUGGAAUCAGUCGGCCUUGCGCGGGGUCACACAAAACUGAUUGCUUCUCACCACGACCCACGCGGCACGCUCUCUUGGAGAAACGCCUCUUGGAUUGCACACUACAAUCGUGCUCUGCAGUACGGCGACAUCAUCAAACUUGUGGGCCUGGCUCAGAAAGUCGAGGAUAACUUCGAUCUAUUUCGGUUCAAGUCUAGGAUGGCAUCUGAUGGAAGUCCACCUAUCAUCGCCAUCAACAUGGGGACGGCUGGCCAGCUCAGCCGCGUCCUCAACGGUUUCUUGACGCCCGUGUCACACCCAGCAUUGCCGUUCAAAGCAGCUCCUGGGCAAUUGAGUGCUACAGAGAUUCGGCAAGCGCUUGCACUCGUCGGACAACUGGAGGGCUGCUCUUUCUUUCUCUUCGGAAAGCCAAUUUCUCAGUCGCGAUCGCCUUCACUUCACAACGGCUUGUUUGCUCAAUGUGGCCUCCCACACCGGUAUCAUCUGAUGGAAACUGACAACGUAGCAGACGUUAGAGCUACACUGCGCGACCCUAGCUUUGGUGGCGCAUCGGUAACCAUACCUCUUAAACUCGACAUAAUCGACGAGCUAGACGAACUCACAGAAGCGGCGCGUACAAUUGGCGCCGUCAACACGGUGAUCCCGUUCUCCGGUAGUGUAGGAGACGGCACGAAGCGCCUCCUCGGAGACAAUACUGAUUGGAAAGGCAUCGUCCAUGCCCUCCGUGUUGGAGGGCUCGGCGAGAUCUCCGGCGAUUCUGCUGCCAUGGUGAUUGGAUCAGGAGGAACUACGAGGGCUGCUGUGUUCGCUUUGCACUCUCUCGGAUUCAACCGCAUUUACGUGGUAGGUCGCACGGCCAAGAAUGUUGCGGCCAUGAUUGCCGAAUUUCCUCGCAACUACAAUCUGCAGGCAGUCACCAAUAUCGCGACAAUUGCAACGCUGCCUAACGUGAUUGUCAGCACAAUCCCCGGCGACAAGCCCAUCGAUACUAUCACCGAGAGAGUCAUCAGUGGUGUCGUCAACGCCUCUGUUACGGCCUCGUCACGGCGUGUUCUUUUGGAUAUGGCGUACAAGCCCCGCGAGACUCCAGCUGUGAAAAUUGCCGAAAACGCUGGUUGGUCUACCAUUCCUGGACUUGAAGUUCUUGCGUCUCAAGGCUGGUACCAGUUUCAACUUUGGACAGGCAUUUGUCCGCUGUACGCCGAUGCCAGACAGCUCGUUCUUGGUAACCAGUAA